AACGACGAGCAACGGAUCCCGAAGUGAGCGACGAGAGGGAGAGGGAGACGGAGAGAGAGAGAGAGUUCGAGGAGAUUCCAUUCGCUGCUCUCGUUUCAAUGCUUCUCCACUGUUACAAGCCGAACUCAAAAACCCUAGAAGAAGCCAUCCCGAUGGCCGCCGUGCAAGAUCUCGACCUCCCGUUGGCUCCGGAUGCGCCUCCAUCCGCCGCCUCCUUGCCCCCUUCCGGCCGGACUCGGCGAUCUGUGCACCAUGCCCUCGGCGGCGGCGCUGUCGCCGAUGUGCUUCUAUGGAGGCACAGGAACGCGGCGGUUCUCAUGGCGGUCGGUGCCACGACAGUGUGGUUCCUCUUCGAGCGGGCCGGUUACAGCUUCUUGUCCGUCUUUGCGAACGCCAUCCUCCUUCUCGUGCUCAUCCUCUUCUUCUGGGCCAAAUCUGCCUUGCUCCUCAACAGACCUCUUCCGCCCCUUCCUAAUCUCGAGAUUUCGGAUGAGGUAGUAAGUAAGGCUGCCGACAGGGCUCGGGUGUGGAUUAAUCGGGUCUUGGCAAUUGGGCACGACAUAACCAUCCGGAGAGAUAGGAAGGUUUUCCUUCAGGUGCGCCUCUUGCACUUCAUUAGAUGUUCUAGGCUCGGUUUAAAUGUCGCUUGUUUGACUUGCCUUUAUGAUCUGGUGAUUCCUAUGCUCUAUCUCAUCUCAAAGGUCAUUUUGGUUCUAUGGUUCAUCGCUUACAUUGGGAGACCGUUCAACUUCCUUACCCUUGUUUACAUAGGAGUCCUUCUGUCUAUCACACUUCCUGCUUUGUAUGACAAGUAUCAAGAUCAUGUUGAUGAAAAGUUUGGUGUGGCACAUGAUGCGGUCAUGAAGCAGUACGUGAGCAUCUUAAGCCGAAUACGGGCACAACCAACCAAAGAAAAGAAGACUCAAUAACAGAAUCACUGCUAUUCCGGUCCAAUCUUUUGCAUGACAUGCAUCAAAUCCAUUUGGAAGCCUACUUAAAUGACAAUGUUGGGCGUGUCUGCUAAAAUGAAGAUCUGGUGGUAAACGUUGUUGCUUGUCGAUGCAAAUCACAGUGUUGAGUUGCCUUUUGAUGAUACUGAGUUUUGGACUGAUAAUUAUAUUAACAUAUUCACUGAAUCAUCCUGCUUGCAUUGUGUACCCCAGGCAUCCAUAUGCAUCGGCAACCAUUCUUAUCAGCACACUACCAUCACCUGUGUUUAUGGACGUCAAUAUUAAUGAAGCAAUUUAUGGUCUUUUCUGGUGGA